AUGGAUAUCGAAAUUGACUAUGAAGAAGCGGAAAGCAGAUUUCUGUCAAACUGGAGUGGCGAUUAUUUGGAUGAUCUGGAUACUUCCCAAUAUCCGUUUCCCAAUGUGCUUUGGCACGUGAAGCCCGCCGAAGAGAUGGCCAUCAAGUCUUCCAUGAUGAUCCUGGUCGGAGUGAGCGGUAUUUUCCUGAACUGUGUCAUCUUGACUAUUCUAAUUAGAAACAAAUGGCUUUGGAGCCCAAGCAACUGUCUGAUCGGAAAUAUGGCGCUAAUAGAUUUCCUGUUACUGUUCUUCUGUCCUUGGUUCAUGCUCGUUCGAGAUUUCUUUCAGAAUUACGUGUUGAAGACCUUUGGAUGCCGGUUCGAAGGGUUCUUACAAGCAUCACUGCUAUUAGCUAGCGUCGGAGCGGUUAUGCUAGUAUCCUACGAUCGGCUAGCGGCUGCGGUGUUGACCGCUGAAGCCAGAAUCACUAAAGACGCGGCCCCUAAAGUUAUCGUGAUCACUUGGAUUGUUUCUAGUGCUUUAGCUCUUCCUUGGACCAUUAAAAGGAAAUACGUGGAACGUCAAUGGCUGAAUUAUUUGGAAACUUUUUGCGCUGAAGACGUUCAACUCCUCGGAAUAUAUUGGCACCUACUUCUCACGAUGCUAGUAUGGGUCCCUUUGGGCAUAAUGAUUAUUACUUAUGGUGUGAUUAUGUGGCGCCUUCAAUGGAGUGCUAGAGCCUUAUCAUCACGAGGUGGAGGCAGAUCGGUAACCAGAGCCAAGGGAAAAGCCAUGAGGAUCGCGGCCUUAGUAUUGAUUGCGGCUGUCGUGUGCAGAAUUCCAUACACAGCUCUGUUGUAUUGGCGAAACAAUUUGCCCCCGAAGAUAAAUUCUGUCGACGGCAGUUUCUCAAUAAUGUGGUUCGCGGCCAAUUACCUAAUGUACUUGAACUGUACCAUCAAUCCUCUGAUUUAUGGAUUCACCAACCUCAGAUUUAGGAAAGCUAUGGACCGGACUCCGGGAGUGGCUUGUUUCAAGUUCGGAUCAUGGUGUUGCGUUUGCACUUUUUUCAAAAGAAGAAACUUUAUGGCCGGCGACAAGAAUACAGAGAAAAUAUUCGUAAUAGAAAAUUCUCCGGGUCCAAACAAGAAACUGUCCAGAGUCGUCAAGAACAUUCUUCAUAUUAACAAAGAUUCUAUUGAGUUCAGCAUUAAAAUCGACGAGAUGACCACAAAGCCGACUAAACUGACUCCUUUGAAAAACGAACAGUUUUGA